CACCCUGGAGCCCGGUUUGAUUUCCUUCACACCCAGCGGCUCCCCCUCGCUGCCGGCUUCCUGUGUUGCAAGGAGCGGUGCGGGUAAAAAACGAAACUCCCGCUUCCGCCCAGGUAAGAAGAAGCCAGGAUCGCCCAGCGACAGGUUUCGCCCCCAGCCGAGCAGGCCAUAUUGAAUCAACAGUGCAGAUAAGCCAGGAUGCCAGAAAAUCCAAUUGCAGAUAAGCAGCAGAUCCUGAAGAUUCUGGAACGUCUACUAAUGAAACUUCAUGAGAAAGGAGACACUUCCCACAGUGAUAAUCUGGCUUUUCUAUACAAUACUCUUAAGAACCCUUUAUUCAACCACGUGCUGACUCUUCAGCAGUCAAUAAAGCAGCUGAAAGAACAACUUAGGUAUAUGCCUCCAGAUCGUUCAGUGGAUUUUGAUUUUACUAGGCGAGGGUUGCUGGUAUUUGGGGCUGACCCACAUCCUGUUGUUAAUGGGAACAUCCAGAAUGAUAAGCAAAUGGCUCCACUAAUUUCCAGAUUUGAAGUGGAUGAAUUUAAUUUGAUAAUCCAAAAGAUGGCAAAGGUAAAAAUGCAGUGGUGCAUUAUUCCAAACUGUAUGGUUACUAAAGUCAGUUUCUGA